AUGUUAAAGUUAUCUUCAUUCGUUGGACGUUGCGGAGUUCCUCGCCUUGUUGUGAUGCAGGCUGCGUCUUUUGCUUCUGCACCUGAAAUGAUCAAAGUAGAAAAAGUUGGAACGAAAAAGAACGUUGCUCUAAUCACCUUGAAUCGACCGAAAGCUUUUAACGCAUUGUGCAAUCAGCUUAUGAACGAACUGUCAGUUUCUCUUCGCGAUCUCGAUGCUGAUGAUUCCGUUGGCGCUAUCGUUGUCACAGGAAGCCAAAAAGCAUUCGCGGCUGGUGCAGAUAUCAAGGAAAUGGUUAACCGCGAAUUUGCGCAAACCUUUCGUGGUCGUUUCUUAGAAGAAUGGGCAGCAGUUAGCGAAACUUCGAAGCCUGUUAUUGCCGCAGUAAAUGGAUAUGCUCUCGGUGGCGGAUGCGAACUAGCAAUGAUGUGUGACAUAAUUUACGCUGGAGACAAAGCACAGUUUGGGCAACCCGAGAUUAAUAUUGGUACCAUUCCAGGGGCUGGAGGUACACAGCGAUGGACUCGCGUUGCUGGAAAGUCGAUGGCUAUGGAGGUCUGUCUCACAGGUAACCGAGUGAGUGCGCAGGAAGCCAAAGAAUGUGGAUUAGUAUCGAAGGUGUUCCCGGCCGAACAGGUUGUAGAUGAGGCAGUGAAGCUAGGUGAGAAAAUCGCAGAGCAAUCACCACUCAUUGUUCAAAUGGUCAAGGAGGCUGUAAACGCAGCAUACGAAACGACACUGAAAGAAGGUCUACGAUAUGAACGACGCCUUUUUCAUACUACAUUUGCAACGAACGACCGCAAGGAAGGCAUGAGUGCAUUUUCCGAAAAGCGACCACCUAAAUGGACCUCAACUUAA